UAUUUCGUCUUAUUUACGUAAAGCAGUUGGUAAUAUCUUCAACCAAUAUUACAAAUGUAUUCACUUGUGUUGGCAACAUUCAACAUGCCAAUACAAGUUCAUCAAUUGUUGCAAGCGGAAGGUUUAUUGCGACAAUCUUUUUUUCCUGGUUUUACGUGAAAAAUCGUAGAAGUAAUAUAUGAUACCUUUAUUAAUAAAAAUAUACCAAUUUUGUUUAAUUUAAAACGCAACAAAAUUUCUAUUUUAUUAUCUGAAAUUCUGUGUCGCAAAGUGUUAAAAAUCGGUAUAUUAAUCGGCAAUGAGUUUGACACUGCACGCGAUCGUGAGUGUCGGGACGUAACGGAGCAAUUCGGGUGCAUCCUCGCGGGCAGAGUAGUUGGCUCCGGUGGUCCGCUUUUUGUGUAUGUCGCUGUACAGACCAGAGGGAGACUGCCGAACAGAUAUAGGAACACGUCGAAAAGCGAGCGCGGGCGCACUCGUGAAAUCAGUCGUUCGCAGUCUACGCGAGUGUGACGGUGGUGUGCGGUGACGUCGCGACGCCGGCGCAGUCGCAUCGAUCGAUUCCCAACGUUUUGCUGGCGGUGUACUCUCGCGGCUGGUGGCGAGGAAAGCUCAAAGUCGAACAGAGACGAUAUAUCGAAUAGAAAGAAGAGGCGUGUGCGUCUGAGAAAGAGGGAACGAAAGGCUGAGGGGGCGGAUAGAACGAGAGGGAGGAAGCUGACGAAGGAAGAGAGCGCGAGAGAAAGGGUGUAGAGGCGAAGGGAGAAUCGACAGACGGGUAUUGGUGCGCGCGUGUCUUUUGGCGACACAACGCGUACAACGGAACGUGCAGGAUCUCUCGACAAGGUGACAGAUUACGGGGAAGGAUGACGGCGUUGCGGAUUUAGAAGAGAGAAACGUAACCUUCUCGCAAGCUGGACGCCGGGAUCGAUUGUAAUACAGUCUUCUUAACAGCCGGCUGACACUGGCCCGAAGACAUGGAUUACCGGUCUGCUGGCACCAGGUGCGAGGAUGAUUCCCUGGAGAACGAGAAAGGAGUCGGUGCUGCUGCGAACGAUCAUAAGGGCUCGUCGAAGCGCGGCGGCUCGCACACGCGCGGCACUGCAAUGUCCUUUGGUUUUCGACGACGACCGGCCUCCGGAAUACCGAUGCCGAUAACGAAUUACACGGCGGAAUCGAGCUUGCUGCAUCCACGAUCGAAAUCAGCCGGUCCGGAACAGAAUCGCAGACGCGACGACGACGACGACGGUAGCUGCGCGAUGCGUAAUUCCUCUUCUGGACGAUCAACGCCUCGUUUAGCGCCGCCGAAGAAAGAAGCCAGCGGUAUCGCCGUUAGGACGAAUCGUUUCGGUUACAGGCAACCGCAGGCGAAAUUCACGAACAAGGUUGGCGAUAUAUGUAGCAGUCAUACAGUAAGUCACUACAAUCAAGAAAAGAUGCAACAACAUCAACAAGAUAGUUUCGGUAAGCAACCGCACAGGGUGGUGCAGGUUUGCAACGCGGCACCGGCAUCGAAGAUUAAGCAAGCGCCUGUACAGAAUACAGUCGGUUGCAAUAAUGUUAAUACGACGUACGUGGAUGGGAGUCGCAGACCGUCUGGGAUUCCGGAACCGUUCGGCAGGUAUACUCUGCACACCAGUCAUCUGCCGUUGCCUCAAUACGCUGUAAGAAUGACCGACGCGAACUCGAAGAUCGCCAAGACCGUGGCGAAUCAAAGCAGAAAGGUGUCCGCAGCGUCGAAAAGCUCGACGAGUUCGAAGGAAGGAUCCAGCACGGAAGAUUCCGGCGUCGGUAGUCAGCAGGGUUGUCGGGAAGAAAGCGAAUUGAGGGGCGUCGAUUAUACGGACAGCGUACUGUCGAGAAGGCACGGCACGGGCAGACCUAGGAACUUAAGGAUGGUCGUGAACGGAAAAAGUUUCGAUGUCAGAGAUGUUAGAGACGACGAUAGCACUGUUACCGAAAUAUCCGUUAUACCGUUACCGAAAACGUUCGUUACUGCUGCCACUGGCUUAGUACGAGAAAGAACCACGCAAUAUCAGAGAAUCGUCAAUAAGGACAAUAGGUACACCGAGUCAACGACGUCUAUGUCCACCACGUCCUCGGAGGGAUACGACGAAGGAUUGGGCGAGGAGAAGGUUUAUAAAGAUAGAUCGCAUUCCGAGAAAAUUCCUUCCAUCAAGUCGGACUUCAGUCCACCGAGUUCGGACGAUCCUGAAUACGGGCACGGGGAGGCUAUGGCUGAUGAAUAUUCGUUAAGUUCUAGUGACGAAUGUCAUCGUUCCACUACCAUCCAACACUUGCAAAUUGCUCCGAACACCGCUAAGAACGGAACGGUACCGAAGAGUGCAUUGCGUUCCGUGCUUCUUACUAUCGAAGAUCCUGCGUUCGCCGCAGCCGCAGCUACGUCGACUUCGAUGAUAGACGAUGAAACAUCCCCCGUCGAUAGUCUUUUCGACAGUCUGACGGCUAGUAUUACACAGUCGGACGCGAAAGCCCCGAAGAAGGAGCAAACGAUGGAACAAUCCGGCAACGACGACGACAGCCCUGGAACGCCAACGAACGCCUCGAAUUCGUUGAGUUUGUCGGAGAGCAGAGAAUUCUUCGACGAUGAGAUCGCUGAUCAACCUGGGCUUGUUUUCGAUGACAAUUCGAGAGGCGGAGGUGAUACACAAUCUGCUAUAGCUGGUCAGGUGAUCACAGAUAACAGCCACACUUUGGUCGAAUCCAGUCCUAAAACAGGACAUGGAAAAAACUCGACAAACAGCCCCCACCAUGGCAAACGAAUUAGCCGAGCUGGUAGCGUCGACACUUUGUCUCCCUGUGAAUCCAUUGCUUCUGACGAUUUAAUAUUGGAUUAUGAACAGAGCGAUGCGAGCUCCUACGAGGAACAAAAUCGGGUGGAUUCAAACACGGCGUUGCAGGACAUGGAUGAUGCCACUAUUCUCUCCGAACUGGAAGCCCAAGGAGAAGAAGUGAUGAGGCAGUGGACUUCAUUGUUGGGUACAUGUCAAACAUUGCAGCAAACUAAUAAUUCAAAUACAAUUAAUAACAAUGUGAACAAUGGAUCGGCCAAUAACAAUAACCAAUCUACCAACGAAAUAGGAAAUGAGUGUGAUAAAACGGCAAAGGUAUGGCGAAGUAGAUCUGUGACGGAUUCACCACGUUCCUUAGAUGGCACACGAAAUCGCCAAUUUUCGAGUCCUUUGAGAACAUCGAGAAACGUCCAGUCACCAAGCAUCGACUCUGGAGAUGAGAGAAGUCUUCGAGUCGAUCGCGAUACGUAUCAGCAUAUGUUUCAAGACAUUGUUUCCAUAAAAACAAUGCUCUUGAAACUUAAACGAGUACUCCAGGAGUCAGAAGAGAACGGUUUGACGAGGGCAGAAACUCUCAACCCAUUCGAUAAUUCCAUAAAGAAUGGUCUCUUCUAUAACCUGAACGAGGGAGGUACCGCUGAUGUUAGUACCUCACCAGGCAGCGGAGGUAGCAGUAUUGCGGACGAAUUGGCCGAUUUGCGAAGGCAGGUUGUCUUUUUACAAGGUCAAGUGGAAGAUAGAGAUCGAACUAUACAAGUAUUACAGUUCCAAAUGUCAAAGCUUCAAGGAUCUAACGGUGUCGACGGCCAAAGUUGUGCUUUAACCAAUAAUCGUAACACUAUUCCAUCCGUGAAUACGUACAAUGCUGCUACACAAACAGAGAGGACACGUCCAGUGUCAGCAGGACCUUCACUCUUACAAACACUCCCACAGGAUGGUGUUAUGGGGCCUCUAGUUAGCCAUGUGCGUUGGAGUGAUUCUUGGGAUCAACAUCGCCCUACAUUGCUCACAGAGCUUAAUGGUAACAGAAGCCUUCGUAAGGUGGCCGACCGUAUACCGCGUACAAUAAGAUCUCGUCAAGAAGAAACCUCGCAUCGUCAAAACGGGCAUACAGAUAAGUUGUUGAUAGAAAGCCCUCUGAGCAGAAAAACACUUAAAUCGAAAGAUUCGAAGUCCUCGGAAUCGAACGAUAUGGAACAACGUGAGAUAAAGACAGAAGGGAGUCCCACAAAGUCAUGUAUCCCAACAGCUAGAAAACUUGCAACAUCGACUCUCAUACCACGAUCAGCGAGGGCCCUAACUUCGACAGGCCGAUCGCACAACUUGUAAUUAUUUAUGUAGGUGCGAAGUUAAGUUGAACUUCAGUUUAUUUUUCUACAAUUUUUUUUUUCGCGGGAAUUCUGCACAGACAGCUUGACAAAAUCGAAUUCUUGCCUUUGAUCGGUAGAACGUGAUUCGGAAUGAUCCGCGAACGUAAUUUUCUAAAUAAAAAAUUAACAAACAUAAACGAACGAUGGAAAAUUUCUCUUGCAGUCAUUCGAUGAGCAACAAAAGAAACACAAUAUUCUUAAUACAUAUUCGGUACAAAUAAAUAACAAAAAUAAUGUACAAAUAAUGUAUGAAGAGUUAAGGACAAUUCAUAAGUUCCUAUCUUUUGAAGUUUAUAUUCUCGUUUAAUUCUUACGCUUCACAUAACGAAGGAAAUAAAAUCAUUUUUCAACAGGAUCGCUGAAUUCGUUUGCAUAAUAGACUGGAAAAGUUGUAUAAAUUAAUUUUUAAUUGUAAAUUAUUCAUCGAGUUUUAGCAGACUGUUUAAAGGUGUACAUUUAUUAUAAAUGCACAGUUUUAAUUUUAAUUUGAAAAAUAUUUUACAUAGUGUUCGCGAUACUGUAAAGAAUCUCCAAUUGUUUUAUACAAAUUCACUUUUGUUCGUACGUUUUCUUAACACGCUUGCUGCCACGGUAGUCGCUAGUGAUUGGUGCUUUCAACUUCCAACGUGUUUCAAAAUUGUUUACAAUGAAACGUACUCAGCAAAACCGGACUCAGUAGAGAAGCAAACAGAAUCGAUUAAAUAAAAAAAAGAAGCAAGACACACGCAGUGAACAGACAUGCCGCUAGAAAAUAAUAAUCAUGCGAUAAGGAAACUUCUUUUUCCUUUCAUGCAUAUUAUAAGAAGAGUACCAAUCUGUGAUUCCUUCUGUAUUAAUUUAUAGCAUUUCUGUAUAUGCCUGCGUUUUUGAAGAUUUUAUCUCUUCAUCUUCUGUUUCAUAUGCGACUGUAUUUUAAAAAUUCGUUUUCAAGAAUUCUAAAUGUUUUUUUUUUCUUUCAGUUAUAUCUUGCAACAUGUGUGUAAAAUAUUGAUAACAAUCUCUAAACACGGAAAACUAUCGUGGCAGUCAACGUGUUAACAAUCGUCAUACGUACGCUAUGACCUCGCAAUAGAUUUUUUGCUCUCUGCUGUACAUCGAUGACCUGUGUAAGUUGGGCAAAGUUAGGCAAAUUUUAUUCAUGAAUAACGAAUACAAAUUUUAGAUUGAUACGUAAAUUGCCAUGUACGUUUCAUUCAUAAAUUCAUUAAUAAAUUAGAAUAUAUUAAAGAAUUUUUCAACAGUCAGUUUACGAGCAAACCUGACAUUUUUAUUUGUUAUUCGCGAAUAUAAUUUGCCCAACUCUGCCGACGACCAUCGAAUCUAUCGCAAGGUCCACGGAACAACGGAGAAUCGAUUGUCGCGCAAGAUCUGCAUAUAUGCAAAAAGUUAUUCGCCAUCCACUGCUACACAAUUCGGAUUAAAGUCGAUCGAUAAAUAUUCCUAAUUAAAUAAACAUAUUAUCGAAUGAUUUUCACUGUCGGUGUUCCGUAUUUAUUAUUAUUACUUUUACUUUGCGAAUAUCUUGAAAAGAUAAUCAACAUCUGAUCUGACCAUUGAGAACAGCAAAUACAUAUUUACAUUUACAUAAAUUCGAAAUCGUUUCAAAACCUAUAUAGAACCUAAAAUAUGACGAUUAUACAUAGAAUGAUUUAGUCCGAAAUUCAGGUCCUUUAUAACAGAUAUUUAGAGUAAAGGUUUUUCAUAACUGUUUCAAGAACCUAAACCUACAGUGAGUCACAGCCAAAAUCGUACAUCACAUAUAUGUAUAUGAAAAUGUUUCACUCUAAAAAAAAAGUUUAGAAAUGAUUUGGAAAAAAAUAAGGCAGGCAUAUUAUUGUAAAUAUAUCUGUAUUUAUUGUGUAAUAAUGACAAAAGAAAUGAAUAUUGCUUAACAUAAAAAAACUAAAGUUACUAUAAUACGGUGCAGAAAACAUCUCACAGCUAAAAUCGUACAUAUUAAGAAUAUUGUUUUAUAUUUAAAUUAAAUUAAAAAUUAGUACUUUAUAGAUUUUACUAGAUUUUGUGUAAAAUUGGAUUCAAUUUUUCUCCAUUCUUCUUGCAAUGCCUUUUUUAAAUCAUUUUUAUUAGAAAUCGUAUGUUUUCUAAUCCUUACUUCUAAUUCAUGUCAAAUAUUCUCAAUUACAGUUAGGUCGGGUGAUUGGGGAGGUAUAUUAAUAACUUUUGGGCAGUUAUACAGGGUGUGCGGCCAACCCUGGGAAAAAUUUUAAUGGGGGAUUCUAGAUACCAAAAUAAGACGAAAAUCAAGAAUACCAAUU